AUACUGGGAGAGAAGACUUCUGAGAAAAUAAAGAGUAUUUGGAGAUUAAUUUGUAAGUGUUUUGCAGCAUCUCCUCAUCCUGCUUUGAUUUUACCACUGGAGUUUUUUGAGAACUUCAUUGCUUUUGAUUAAUCAAGUUAAUCCUAUUAGCUUUUGCGGUUUGUUUUCAAGGUGACAUUUACCUGGGAGAAACAAACUUUGCUUUAUUCAGAGGAGAGAUAUUUGAAGAUAAUAAUCUCAAUAAUUAUUUUCCAGUGCUUAAGCAGGUAAAGUGACUGGCUGUGAUUAUGAAUGUUUUAGUGUAAUCGUUCUUCUGUCUUCCCCAAUCAAAACAAAACGACAACAAAAAACCCCCACAGAAGACGAUUUAGAGUAGUUUGGCAACUGGUUCUCUUGGUGGCAUAUUUGAACUAACAUUCUGUAUUGGUUUUUUUAUAGCUACAGUGAAGGAUAAUAGUUGAUUAUGUGAAUUGUCAGUGUGGAUAUUGGUGGAAGAGUGCAAAUCAUUUAUAUUAGCAUCAUGUGAAUCUCUUCCUAACUGGGAAAAUAGAAAGUGCUGUUACCUCAUUAGUUUUAAGAACUUUGAUUUGGAAGACUCUCAGAAAUGUGCAGUAGACUGGUUGAUGAUUGGCCCGUCUUCCAAGAGGGAGGAGUACAAAGUGUGUGGAUCUUCCAUACCUCCAUCUUUCAUUUCUGCAAGAGAUCAUGUUUGGAUAUUUUUUCACUCCGAUGCAUCAAGCUCAGGACAGGCUCAGGGAUUUCGCCUUUCUUAUAUUAGAGGAAAAAUAGGUCAGGCUGUUUGCCAGCCAGACGAAUUCCGCUGUGCAAAUGGAAAGUGUAUUCCCAGUACUUGGAAGUGUAAUUCCAUGGAUGAGUGUGGGGAUAACUCGGACGAGAGAAAUUGCACUGUCCCUCCAACAGAGCCUCAAUCCAGCAUCUGUCCCUCAGGAACAUUCCAGUGUAGUGUAGCCCAUUCCACCAAGUGCUUGAUGAAUGAGCUGAGAUGUAAUUCAGUCAAGGACUGCAGUGAUGGUUCGGAUGAAGAUAAUUGUCCUGAUCUUUCCUGUGGUAAAAGACUGGGUAAUUUUUAUGGGUCUUUUGCUUCCCCAGAUUUGUUCCGUGCUGAUCACAGCAGAGCAGACCUUCGUUGCACGUGGUACGUGGACACACAGGAUAAUCGACAUGUUCUGUUGCAGCUUGAUUUACAGUUAGGCUACAAUGACUAUGUAAAGGUGUAUGAUGGCAUUGGAGAGAGAGGUGAUAAAUUAAUGCAAACAUUUUCAUAUCACAACAACAGGCAUUCGGUGAGUGUGGAGUCUUCAAAGGGCCAGCUCACUGUCUCAUAUCAUGCCCGUUCCAAGAGUACUGGCCAUGGAUUCAAUGCAACCUAUCAGGUGAAAGGAUAUUGCCUUCCUUGGGAACACCCUUGUGGAAGUGAUGAGGAGUGUUUCACUGAUAAGCAGCAUUGUGAUGGCUGGUGGCACUGUCCAAAUGGCAAGGACGAGGAGAACUGUCCUGCUUGCCAGAAGAAUGAAUACCCAUGUGAAGGAAACAGUGGACUUUGUUACUCAAUACUUGACCGAUGUAAUAACCAAAAGAACUGCCCAGAUGGCUCAGAUGAAAAGAACUGCUUUACUUGCCAGCCAGGAAACUUCCAUUGUGGUACAAAUCUGUGCAUCUUUGAGACUUGGCGCUGUGAUGGCCAAGAAGACUGCCAGGAUGGAAGCGAUGAACAUAACUGUCUGGUGAUUGUUCCCAGGAAGGUCAUCACAGCCGCUCUGAUUGGGAGUCUCGUGUGUGGCUUGCUGCUGGUGAUAGCACUGGGCUGUGCAUUUAAGCUGUAUUCUUUGAGGACCAGGGAGUACAGGGCAUUUGAAACCCAGAUGACACGACUAGAGGCAGAGUUUGUACGGCGGGAAGCUCCGCCUUCCUAUGGGCAGCUGAUUGCACAAGGACUUAUCCCACCAGUUGAAGACUUCCCUGUGUACAAUGCGUCGCAGGCUUCUGUGCUGCAGAAUAUUCGAACAGCCAUGAGGAGACAGAUGAGACGUCACUCGUCAAGACGGAGCUCGUCUCGAAGGCGCUUGGGCAGGCUCUGGAACAGGCUUUUCCACAGGCCGCGAGCGAGGGGACAGAUCCCCCUCCUGACGCCUGCCCGCACUUCCCAGACUACGCUGGGUGACGGCAUCAUCAACCAUGCUGAUGGAAUCAUCAGCUGUGCUGACGGAGCUGUUCGGAGCCCUCCGCCUUCCCCCGCAGGACCUAAUUUAGAGACAGAUGCCGCUGGCCAGGCCAGGGGCCUACAAGAAGCUGGAUGCAGCAGCUUGCAGCCAGAGACUGAAAGCACAGAACUGUCGCCCUCUGUCUUACCUAGUAAUUGCACAGCUGCACAUGCAGAGCCCGAGACUGGACACGCUGAUAAGUCUUUAGGUGCUGAGACCUCUAGCAGUGAGCUUAAACAGUCCAGCAAAGUGGAAUCAGGAAAGGCUUUCAGAGAUCCUUUGUCUGAAAGUGUUACAGAAAUGAUCCAUGGAGGGUCAGCAUCCAGAAGGACUGUCCCGGAGGGCAGUAGUUUAAGUAGAAGUCAUCCGCUGAGUGAAGAGCCAUGUAGGUUACCCUUAAAGUGGGAGUCUGCUUAUUCAGACAGCUCUGUGAAUGUUCAUAUCCAAGUGGAUGGACAAAACCGAUGUUGCCCUAACUCGUAUCGGGAGGAGCCUUUGGGUAUUCGUGCGGCUUGUUGCCAUUCUGUGGAAGUGCCAAUGUUAGAGUCCUCUGCUCGCCUCUCAGAAAUCAAUACCAGUGAUGAUGAAUCUUUACUUGUUUGCUAAUAAAAUUUUCUUCCAGUCCUGUAGAUUUUGUAACUUCAUUGUUUAUAUGACAGUGCACUUUGAUUAUUGGUGGUAAGUCUGUGCUCUCGACUUUGUUAAAACCAGUGUGCUUUAAUUCCCCAGGGAGUACAAUACAGGACUAAAUGGGACAAGUUUUUGUCUUUGUUGCUAUUCCUGAAACUCCAGUGGGGCAGAAAUAGGCCAGUCUGUGAUAUUAGGGGCUAGGAGAGCAAGAAUGUGUUACUGCAGUUUGGAGGCAUGUCCAUCCUCUGUUACUUCUGUGCAUUUAUUCACUUUGCAUUCAGGGAAUUUGUGUUUCUUCACUUUUUCAAAGUGUUCUUAUUGAAAUUAGAACUCUGUUGGAUCCUGGGGUAGGCACCAAUCGUUGUGACUGCUAGUACUAAACUGAUAAUAAAAUGUUGUCUUUUCAGACAUCAUAAUUAAAACUUAAUAAUAUUAGUUAAAAGGGUUAUUUAGGAGGAAAUAAAAUCCUUGUAGCUUCCUCUUUUUCUCUUACAGAAAUCUCUCCCUUCCUUUCCUCCCUUCAGAAACAUUCAUAUGAUGGCUGCAUGUACCUUGAAGCAUCCACUAUUACCAAAGUUUCUUUAUAGAAUAUGCAGAAUGAAAUCAGGCUUCCUCUCUGCUAUAACUUUGUAAUAAGAGAUUAUCUGUGUUCAGAAUAAGUGGAGUGCAUUGAACCCCAUUUGCAGCAAUAUUUCUUUUUAUAUUGUCAUAUGUUACAUUAUUUUCAUAGUGAUGUUGUGAAGGUUGAGGUAUUACUUAUUUCCUCCCUGCCCUCUUUUUUCCCUCUCUCUGCUUCUUUUUUCAGGGACUUCUAUGAUUAUACCACUUGUAUAAGUGUGUGCCCUGAGGGAUACUGAGGCUUCACAGCUCCCGUUGGCAGGAGGCAGUGAGCACGUGGUAACCGUCAGGAUCAGACUUCUUAUUUUGAAGCAUAAUCUGCUACCUGGGUGCAGAUCUAUAAAUCAUUUUUUUAACAGCUUUUAUUUUUUUUAAAACUGAAAUAGAUGGGUGUGCAUGUGUGUGUUUUUUUUUUAAGCUGACACUGUGGACUUUGCAACACUUUAAUGUAAACGGGUGCCUUUUUGUUUUUUAGAGUGUAAUUAAAAGCAAGCAAGCAUUUUAGCUGGAGGAAGGGUGACAUUGUGUAAAUAGGAGUGACUCGGUGCAGAAUGGCAGGAUGUUACUGUGUGACGCUCGGCCCUGUUGCGACGGAUGGGGCUCUGCCAUUGCUUUACUUUUGGCCAUGUCCUGGAGGGGAGUCUGAGUUAAUUUCCCUGGGAUGCUUUGUACAGAAAUCAGCAAGGAAGUUAACGAUGUUGCUUCUCUAAGGAUCUCAGUGCUCUGAAGCUGAUCUAUUGCUGUAGGAAUUCAAGCUGCCUGAAGCUCUUGAACUUGUAAAGCUGUGGUGGACUUUGUCAUCCGUAGAACUGGGCUCUGCUGGCCACAGGUCCCUUGUGAGCGUAAUGGGAAAUAGGCUUUUGCAACAAACAGUAAGUUUACAUCAGUCAAAGAUGUUAUUCCUUCAAAUGGGCUGGAUUUUUGUCCUGCAUCUUCUACUGAUCUCCCUUUGGGAGUUCCUUACAAAGAGCAAGGAAUAGACCUUUGGCUUUACCAAAAUAUAAUUCAGAAGAGUUACAUUAAAUUGAUUUUUUUUCUGUUCAGAUGCAAAUUGUUUUCAUAGUGUGUGUGUUCCAACAGCAGAAGAUUCAAAUUCUUUAAGAGCAUUAAUAGGAGGAAAGGGUUGUGGCAAAAUACAUAGUGAAUAAGAAUCAUAGUUACAUGAAACAAAUACUGCACGCUCUUUUUUCUUAAGUGUUUUUGUGAUUGGGAUUCAUUACAUCAAAAGAAAUGUAAUUUUAGGAGAGAUUUUACUUUCAUAACCUUUGUAAACAUUUUAGGUACAGUCCGUCUUUGAAAAGGUCAAGUACUGUAGUCAUUACACUGCCCGGCAGUCUGUGUCUAAGGCUACAGAUUUUAGGGUUUUUUAUUUUUUUGUUUUGUUUUUGUCUAAAGGUAAUUUUAAAUGCAGAGAAUUGUAUUUAUAAAAUAGUAAACUUAAUUGGAAGGAAGAUUAUAUUUCAAGGUUAAUAUUGUGCAGAUAUGAAGGACCUUAUAAAUAAGUGUAUAUCUAGUUCUGUUACAGAAAUGUAUUUCUAUAAUAAAAUAACUUUGAUCAUACUAUGCCUUAAAUUAUUAUCACCACUGUAAGGCUCUUACAAUUGAAAUACAUGCUUCAAAAUGCUAUUAUAUUUUGGGUACAGGUCUGAAUAGUUAGCACUGUAUUGUAGUUUAAAAUGUGUAACUUCACAUAAUUUUUCAUAUACAUAUUUUGUGUACAGAUCCAUUUGGUAAUUCAACGGAAAUUUCAGUGAGAAGAUUUUACGUUAGAAACUUGCACAGAUCCAGGUUAAUGAAAAUUCGAUGCUUGUGUACAGAGAUGUUAACAACCCUUGAAACUUAGAGCCCUAUGUAAAUGAGGGAGAUGUCUGAUGCUUUUUGCAAGCACGUAACUUUUGUAUUCUGCAAUAAAUUACUGUCUGCUGCCUCCCCAAGCCUGUUCCUUAAAGGGAGGAGCCGCACAUCUACUGUUAGUUUUGCAGGAGCAAUCUGUGCGCUGCGCUGUAGGCACAGGCAAGGUGCGCGUUACAGCGUCUGCCUUGUUACGGCUACCCUUUCUCCAGCCUUUGAGCAUUAAACAGUGAACCAUCCUGCCUAGGAGAUCACCUACGUUCUGUUUCAUGUUAGCUGUCUCCGUAUAUUCAGAACUUCAAAAAAAAAAAAAAAAGAAAAUAUAUAUAAAUAUAUUAUUUAUAUAGGGGAAACUGCUGCUAUGCCAGAAAUGUAAACAGGAAAGUUUCGUCGUUCAGAUUUCUUUGUUCGGCUUGAGAGUGGAAAAUAUCAUCCCCUUUUAAUGAGUGUAAGACCUGAAGUCAAUCAGCUGCUCAGGAAAUUUUUUUCCUAAGUAGUGUGUGCGUGUGUGUGCAUGCACACACACACACACGUGUGCACACACACAUACGCACACCCUCUAAAACCUUCCUGCACAAACAGCCUGGAAAACCUAACAAAAAAUACCUGAAUAAAGAACAAUCCCUAAACUUUUCCUUAGUUUAAGAAGAACAGAAGUUCCUAGGCAGCAACCAGGGAACUGACUCUUACGGAUGUUUUUCUUACUGCUAUUAAACGAUUUGGAAUAUUUCUGGGUUUGAGGUUGUCAUUUUCCAGUUUGCAUAUGACUCUGUAUCUUCCUUAAAUGAAAAAUUUUUUCCUUCUGUUUUCUGCUUUGCUUUUUAUUUACAAACUAAUUAAUUGAAAUACAACCUUUUGCCAUAAUGUAUGUACACAUAUAAGGCACACUGCUUACCAGGCUUUUCUAGUUCUUGGACAGUGAUAUUAAGCAAGAAAGAUGCUGGACAUCAUCAUACUUUGCUCUUGAUCUCAUUAUUAAUUUUUAAUAAAAUUUCAUAUGCUGA